AUGAUCGACCAACGUAUUUUCGAGGAUCUCCAAGCCAAGAUCGACGAGGAGACCACCGUCCGCGACGAGCUUCACGAGAUUGUCCAGACUCUCGCUAGAAAGGGACGGUCUACACAGGCUAUUCUCUCAAGGGCACACUCUACCCCUGCCGAUCAGCUCAAGCCCGUACUUGACGAUGCUGCCGUCGAGAUCCUCGCUCAGAAGCAAGAGGUCCUCCGGCUGAAGGCUGUCGCGGACCAGCAUCCUUUCUACAAGUACAAUGGUCUGUGGACCCGCGAGUUGCAGAACCUGGUUACCUCGAUCGAGCUGUGUGCUUGGCUCGGCGGACUGCAGGAGUACAAGGGCCCGAGCUCAGCUUCGUUCCUGACCAUUGAAGAAGUUGGCAAAUUCCUGGAGAUCCCUGUUAACCUGAAGGAGCAAGAUGCCUUCCACCUCACCAUCGAGGAGUAUCUGUUGGCCUUGAUCUCCGUGGUCGAGGAGCUGUCGCGUCUGGCCGUGAACUCGGUCACCCUCGGUGACUAUGAGCGCCCUCUUCAGAUUGGUAACUUUAUCAAGGAUCUCUUCGCCGGUUUCCAGCUGCUUAACCUGAAGAAUGAUAUUCUGCGGAAGCGGAGCGACGGCAUUAAGUACAGCGUCAAGAAGGUCGAGGAUGUGGUCUACGAUCUGUCGCUGCGGGGUCUGGUCCCCAAGGGGAGUGCUGCUGCAUGA